ACAGCAACGUGGAUGCGAACUACCUGGAGUUUGACAAGAAGAGUGCUAUGGAGAUAAUCACAGCGACUCGAUGGAUUGUUUUAUUAUUGUUCUGGGCAUGUUGUGGUUUGGAUAUUUGGCGUGUUGUUGGUGGAGCCGAUGACACUCAAAGCACACGCGACGAUGUGCAGUUCUGUCCGUAUUUCAAGAAUCGUGGUCCGUCUAAGCAGGAAAAUCUAAGAAAUUGUAGCUGGUAUAAAGAGAGUUCAUGUUGUCACGACGAGGAAAUCGAGUUUGCGUUCCGACAAUUAACGCCACUUGCCGGAGCGAGCAGCGAUUGUGCUCAAUACAUGAACUACCUGUAUUGCUACAUUUGUGCUCCGAAUCAAAACUCAUUCUUCAAGGACUUUACUUUGACUGUUUGUGAGGAAUUCUGCGAUCGAAUCUACAGCGCGUGCAAGAACGCUGUUCUGAAGGGAAGACAAAUCAAACAUAUGUACCAAAGUGGCAAGGAAUUCUGCAAAGCGCGCCGCUUCGAAACUGAGAAAGAAGCUAACGGGAGAUGCUUCACGUUCGAUUCUCAGUCAGGAACGAAAAGCACGUCCCAACAAAUAACCGUAAAUAAGGUGUCGUUAACUGUGUUGGGAAUGUUUACGAUUUUCGCGAAGUACUAUGUUUUGUUUUGAUCACUGCGUCACGCUACAUAACAAUUGCCCGUGGUACAAGAACUAGAGAAGCAAGCUUUAUGUCCCCAACUGUUUGUAGAUUUUAUGCAACGUGCAUUUACUAUGAAAGUACAAUGUAAUAAUCCACGACGCAACAUUUUUCCAUCGAUCAGUUUUGAAAAAGGUUAAAGUUUAAUGGAAACACGGCUGGUUAUGUUCAGUUCUGUGAACAUCUCUUUUCUGAAAGAAACAAUUUUGAGAGGUGCAGAAAAUCGUCUAAGGUUUCAUCAAGCAAGUAGCUUUUAAGCCAUUUCAUUUAGGAAAAGACAAAUAAAAGGUUCGCUGUUAUGCUAAUAUAUCAACUUUAUUCAUAUUCAUUUCAAAAUCAUUCAUUAUUUCCGGAGACAUGCAUUAUGAUGUACAUUAUUGGCAAUGAAAUGUGCAUUUCGCUGCGGAAAAUGUGAUGAAACCAGGCCAGCCCCGUGCGCUCAAAAUCAUGAAGUACAAAUUAUGAAAAACCGUGAAUUUUAAAAUUACAAAAAGACAGGAAAUGAAGUACAAGAAAGUUUUAUUGGCUAAAUUAUAAGAUUUCAUUCUCAGGAUAAGUUAAGUACACAACGUGUUUUGAUAUUUGCAGCAAAGUCGGCUUUAAACUAUGAACCCUUUUGUACCAAAAAUUGAAAAUAUUUAUCAUUUUAUUCAGUAUUUCUAGCUAGUCAGAUGUCAUGCACGCAUUGGCUAAGUGUCUCGAACUUCAUAUAAUUAUUACGAACAGAUGUUUUUGCAUGUAAACAAGGUUAUUUUAAUUACGACAGAUGACAUUGUCGUUUAAAAAACUGCUGUCAUCAUCUGUAACAAUAAUUAUUUUAUUCGUCAGCCAUUUGAUCCUUUGUCUAGCUUUUCCCUUUCCAAAGGUGAUGAAACCUGAGUACAAAAUACAGAUGCUACCAUAAUCUGUAUCACAGAAUUUGUUUAACAAAUGUUAUUAUGUUUGCAAAAUAUGGAUGUGCAAAUGGAUGUGCAAAUGGUCAUUCCAUGGUUUAUUAGAACUUUAAGACUGAAAGAAACUAAAUAUUAUCCAAGGCAUCAGGGAUGCUAAUAAUAAGUGUCACAUUUCACAAGGAAUGUAUAUAGCAAUUCUAUUAAAGCACCUAAAGACAUCA